ACCCUGAGGCCAAGGAUACCAUUGUCUCAGGAAGGCUGAAGACCACAGGCUCCUGGGGGGACAGGAGGCAGGUGGGGCCCCUCAGGACCCUCCUUGGUGGAAACCAAGACCAGCAAGUCGGGUGGCUCCACCCUGCCUCGGGGCCUCAGUCAGCCCCCGGGGGAGGCCAUGAACGCCACGGGGACCCCGGUGGCCCCCGAGUCCUGCCAACAGCUGGCGGCCGGCGGGCACAGCCGGCUCAUCGUGCUGCACUACAACCACUCGGGCCGGCUGGCCGGGCGCGGGGGGCCGGAGGACGGCGGCCUGGGGGCCCUGCGGGGGCUGUCGGUGGCCGCCAGCUGCCUGGUGGUGCUGGAGAACUUGCUGGUGCUGGCGGCCAUCACCAGCCACAUGCGGUCGCGACGCUGGGUCUACUAUUGCCUUGUGAACAUCACGCUGAGUGACCUGCUCACGGGCGCGGCCUACCUGGCCAACGUGCUGCUGUCGGGGGCCCGCACCUUCCGCCUGGCGCCCGCCCAGUGGUUCCUACGGGAGGGCCUGCUCUUCACCGCCCUGGCCGCCUCCACCUUCAGCCUGCUCUUCACUGCAGGGGAGCGCUUUGCCACCAUGGUGCGGCCGGUGGCCGAGAGCGGGGCCACCAAGACCGGCCGCGUCUACGGCUUCAUCGGCCUCUGCUGGCUGCUGGCCGCGCUACUGGGGAUGCUGCCUUUGCUGGGCUGGAACUGCCUGUGCGCCUUUGACCGCUGCUCCAGCCUUCUGCCCCUCUACUCCAAACGCUACAUCCUCUUCUGCCUGGUGAUCUUCGCCGGCGUCCUGGCCACCAUCAUGGGCCUCUAUGGGGCCAUCUUCCGCUUGGUGCAGGCCAGCGGGCAGAAGGCCCCACGCCCAGCGGCCCGCCGCAAGGCCCGCCGCCUGCUGAAGACGGUGCUGAUGAUCCUGCUGGCCUUCCUGGUGUGCUGGGGCCCGCUCUUCGGGCUGCUGCUGGCCGACGUCUUUGGCUCCAACCUCUGGGCCCAGGAGUACCUGCGGGGCAUGGACUGGAUCCUGGCCCUGGCCGUCCUCAACUCGGCGGUCAACCCCAUCAUCUACUCCUUCCGCAGCAGGGAGGUGUGCAGAGCCGUGCUCAGCUUCCUCUGCUGCGGGUGUCUCCGGCUGGGCAUACGAGGUCCUGGGGACUGCCUGGCCCGGGCCGUCGAGGCUCACUCCGGAGCUUCCACCACCGACAGCUCUCUGAGGCCGAGGGACAGCUUUCGGGGCUCCCGCUCACUCAGCUUUCGGAUGCGGGAGCCCCUGUCCAGCGUCUCCAGCGUGCGGAGCAUCUGAGGUUGCAGCCUUGCGUACGGACGGUGCAGCCACCGGGUGCGCGCCAGGCAGGCCCUCCCGGGGUUCAGGAAGCUGUGUGCACGCAGCCUCGCCUGGAUGGGGAGCAGAGAACGGGACAGGCCCCCGUGGUCUUCCCGGUGGCCUCUCGGGGCUUCUGACGCCAAAUGGGCUUCCCGUGGUCACCCUGGACAAGGAAGCAACCACCCCACAUCCCCGUAGGAGCAGAGAGCGCCCUGGUGUGGGGGCGAGUGGGUUCCCCACACUCCCGCUUCUGUGUGAUUCUGGGGAAGUCCUGGCCCCUCUCUGGGCCUCAGUAGGGCUCCCAGGCUGCAAGGGGUGGACUGUGGGAUGCAUGCCCUGGCAACAUUGAAGUUCGAUCAUGGUA